UUCCUAUCUGGUAGUGGCAGGGAACGAACAUCCCGAGUGAUCAAAGGACUCGAGAUGGGGUGGAGCGCCAUGGCUUCGCUUGUCAAGGUAUUUGGUUUUUCUUUCUUUGUUUUUUGAACCCAUCAUGGCGUCACUGCUUCUCAAAACCUUCCCUCUCACAUCCUUCUCUCUUUACUACAAACCCGGAACUCCCUUCAUCCUCUUCAAAUACUUCCCAAAAACUCUGUCAAGAAACAGACGCGUCUUUUACUCUGUCUGCGCUUCCACUUCGCUCCCUAUUCCAUCAGCGCCACCACCUCAACCUAAAACUCAACCUUACCCUUCUUCUUCUUCUUCUUCCAAUGAAUCCCUUGCCAAGCCGUCGAUAAACACUACACAAUCUCUCAAUUGGGUUUCUCGGACAGGGUUAUGUGGCGAAUUAUCAGCCGAUGAUGUGGGCAAGCGUGUCCGCUUAUGUGGGUGGGUUGCAUUCCACCGGGUCCUCGGUGGUCUCACCUUCUUCAAUCUACGGGACCACUCUGGCAUUGUUCAGGUUACAACGCUUCCUGAUGAGUUUCCCGAAGCCCAUUCAAGUGCAAAUGGUUUGCGGUUGGAGUAUGUGAUUGCUGUGGAAGGUGUUGUUCGGGCCAGGCCAAGUGAGUCCAUCAAUGAGAAAAUGCGAACUGGUUCCAUUGAGGUGGCUGCAGAGCAUGUUCAAGUAUUCAAUGCUGUGAGAUCAAAGCUACCAUUUUUAGUGACUACUAUAGAUGAUGCGAAGGAUUCUGUGACAGAGGAGAUUCGAUUGAGAUACCGAUGCCUUGAUCUUCGACGGCAGCAAAUGAAUUUUAACAUAAUGUUGCGGCAUAAAGUGGUGAAGCUUAUUCGAAAAUAUUUGGAGGAUGCACAUGGAUUUGUCGAGAUUGAGACUCCAAUACUUUCUAGAUCUACUCCAGAAGGUGCCCGAGAUUACUUGGUUCCCUCACGAGUUCAGCCAGGAACAUUCUAUGCUUUGCCUCAGAGUCCACAGCUCUUUAAGCAAAUGCUGAUGGUGUCUGGUUUUCAUAAAUAUUAUCAAAUAGCUAGAUGUUUUAGAGAUGAAGACUUGAGAGCAGAUAGACAACCUGAGUUCACGCAGCUGGAUUUGGAAUUGGCUUUCACUCCUUUGGAGGACAUGCUUAGGCUCAAUGAAGAUUUAAUUAGAAAGGUUUUUCUAGAGAUUAAAGGUAUCAAGCUACCUAACCCAUUCCCAAGGCUUACAUAUGCAGAAGCAAUGAGUCGAUAUGGAUCAGAUAAACCGGACAAUAGAUUUGAUCUUGAGUUGAAAGAGGUUUCUGACGUUUUCAGAGAGUCCCAAUUCAGGGUUUUUGCAGAUACCUUAAAAAAUGGGGGAGUAAUUAAAGUUCUAUGUGUGCCUUCGGGUGCUCAAAGUUAUUCAAACACUGCUCUUAAGAAAGGUGACAUCUACAAUGAAGCAAUUAUAUCGGGAGCGAAGGGUUUGCCAUUCCUAAAGGUCUUGGAUUCUGGGGAAGUUGAGGGAAUUCCUGCAUUAGUCUCAAGUUUGAAUUCAGCAAAUAAAGAGCAAUUGCUUCGAGAAUGUUCAGCCGGGCCAGGUGAUCUUAUUUUGUUUGCGGUGGGACAUCAUUCAUUAGUCAAUAAAACUCUAGACAGACUCAGGCUAUUUGUUGCCCACGAGUUGGGCUUGGUGGACCAUUCCAGGCAUUCAAUUUUGUGGGUGACCGAUUUCCCAAUGUUUGAAUGGAAUGAUUCAGAGCAGAGGCUUGAGGCCUUGCAUCACCCAUUUACAGCACCGCAUCCUGAGGACAUGAAAGAUCUUUCCUCCGCUCGUGCCCUUGCUUAUGACAUGGUUUACAAUGGAGUUGAAAUUGGUGGCGGAAGUUUGAGGAUUUAUAGACGUGACAUCCAACAAAAGGUUUUUGAAACCAUUGGCAUCUCUUCUCAACAGGCUGAAGCAAAUUUUGGCUAUCUUUUGGAGGCCUUUGACAUGGGUGCUCCUCCACAUGGGGGAAUUGCUUAUGGUUUGGAUAGAUUGGUCAUGCUGUUGGCUGGUGCUAAUAACAUCAGAGAUGUAAUAGCUUUCCCGAAGACAUCAACCGCGCAGUGCGCCCUUACUCGGGCCCCGUCAGAGGUGGACCCUGAGCAACUGAAAGAAUUAUCAUUUCAGAUCCAAUAGUUCCUCUAUAAGUUAGCCUUGCAGAUCAAUUGAUUUGCUUUCUAUAGGGUCCAGGUUUUGUUGUGUCAUUGAGUUUGUACCAUCUAAGAUAAGUUGCUGUACAAUUAGGGCAAAAAAGUUUAUCUACAUCUUUAAAUUUAAACUAUCACGUUUUUCUCAAUUCUAUCUGUAAAAGGCUUCGUUUGGUGUUUAGUAUAGGAUGGUAUCAUUUUGCUAUCUUAUGUAUAAAUUAAUCAUUGGACAAGUUGAUGUAUAAUUUAGUCCUAUUUAGUGAUUGGAAAAAAAAUGGUACUGGGCUUGAGCACAAGCGCACUC